UUAUGCUUGUGAAGCAGGCAAACCAGAUACCAAAGAGCGAGAGAAUCUUAGUUCAAGUAUUCAAGAGCCAUAACUAGCUGGGAAGAAUGACGCAGAUUGAGAUCGAGGAAGUUAACAGCUGUGAGUCACUGCCUUUGCUGUCACUCAAUCAUGUGUCUUUGUUAUGCAGAUCAGUGUGGGACUCUAUGAGGUUCUAUGAAGAAGUGUUGGGCUUUGUUCUCAUCAAACGCCCCUCUUCUUUCAACUUCAAUGGAGCUUGGUUGUAUAACUAUGGGAUUGGGAUACACUUGAUCGAAAGUCCAGCUACGGAGGACUUUGAACUCCGACCAAUCAAUCCCAAGGACAACCACAUCUCCUUCCAAUGCACUGAUGUUGGACUUGUUAAGAGGAAGCUACAAGAGAUGGGAAUGAGGUAUGUUACUGCAGUGGUAGAGGACGAUGGGAUCAAGGUCGACCAGGUGUUCUUCCAUGACCCAGAUGGGUACAUGAUCGAGCUCUGCAACUGUGAGAACAUCCCCAUCAUUCCUGUCUCUUCUUGUGCCUUCAAGCCCAGAGGUAGCAACUUCAGUAAGGCACCAACUUCGUGCGGUUUCAUGGAGACACUGAUGAUGGAAAGCUUGAGCCUGGACAUGAUGAACUUCUCAUUCUAAGUUUCGGCAAGAGUGAGAAGUCUCACUGCUUUUUGGCUGCUGUAAGAAAAAAUGUUGCAAAUGUAUUAUUAUAAGGUCUAUAUAGUAGUAUGGUAUUGUGUCUUGGUUUGAAGGUGUUUGUAUUGGUUUUCUGCUUGUAAUAAAUUGUGAAAAAAGAUUUGAGUCGUACUGUAUGUACCUGUAUGCAUAAUCUAUUGAAGCCAAUGUAUGCUCUGUGACUAUUGCCAUAUUAUUGAGAAGGAAUUCUUGUUACA